AUGGGCGAUAUUCUGACCAUAUUCAGCUUCCCCGCUGUUGCAAAGAAGCUGAAACUGAUGUUCCGCAAGCAAAGCUCAAAGUCUUGCGCAAGUGGAUUGCAGGAGAUGUGGAGGAUGAAGAGGAAGCAGAAUCUGCAGCUCGGCAUCGAGUGCGCGGAAUCUUGGGCCUUGGAGUUGCAACAUGGCCGUGCUUUUGUGGGUCACGAGCUGGCUGAUGUUUAUGUGGAGCACUUGGAGUUGAGAGAGGUGGAAGAGCGCCUCAGCCGACGCCCGGCCCUGCCGCCGCUGCCUCCCCCACCCCGGCGCCGGACGUCCCACGCUGCGGCGGAGGUGGAACGGCAGCUGAACGAGAUACUGAAGGGCAUUUGCGUGAAGGGACGUUUCUCAGUCCAAAGCUCCAACGAACGCAGUGACACAGUGGCGCGGGCCAGCCUGGUGGUGGAGGAGGGUCCUAGCGAGCUGCUGAACCGAGUGGUUCGCGUCUAUAGCUUAAAAGAUCGAAAUCGAGCCAAACAAGGCGACCACGUGUGGGUGGAACUUCGCAGCUGCGUUUUGGACCGCGCAGCCCUGGAGCGCGGUGGCCCUGGGACGUGGUGCUGUGGCGAACGGGCUGGGCUGGGGACGAUGUCACAAGCGCUGAGCUACGUCUGCAUCUUUGGUGCCGUUCUGCGUGCCACGCCGCCCAUGGGCGUUGCAGCGCGGAGCUGCUACCUCUGCAAGCAGUCGCAGAUGCAGUGGAAGCCUGGUGUCUUGAACUUCAUCCCAUUUUCCCAUGAAGUGCCGAUGCUUCAGGUGAUGGUGGAGAGGGAAGAAAGAGAGCAACCUCUUGAUGAUGUUUUCCAGCUCGCGAUGGUGGAUUGGCCUGUGAAUCGCCUACGACCGUUGGCAGUGAUUGUGGAGAGACUGGCAGUGCCACGGCCUCUGUCGCUCGAGCGCAGCCUGGAGAUCUUUCUGAAGGACUUGGAUUUCCUGCAAGAUCCGGAAGAUCCAAAGGUGCAGGAGAUGGCUGAUGAGGCUGUUGACCUGAUGACACCUGAGGAGGAGUUGAACAUUAUCGAUGCCCAGCGCAGGGAGUUGGAUGGCCAGAUCUUUUCCAUAGACGCUGCCGGUGCAAACAUCAUCGACGAUGCUUUGGAGUAUGACCUGGAGGAACAAGUAGUGCGUGUGCACAUCGCCGACGUGGCGGCCUCCGUUUGUUCGGGGGGCGAUCUGGAUCUCUAUGCAGCGCGCAGGGGGUGCAGCGUCUUCAUCCGGGAUCACAAAGAGGAACUUCAGCGUUGUGAGCCGAUGCUCCCUGCAUGUGUCACUUUUCAGACCAGCUUGGACAAGAACCAGUGGAGGCGUGCCCUGACCUUCGAGUUCCGUGUAGGUGAGCAGCUGCAAUUCCUGGGUUUCUUUCGCUCCUGGGUGAGAUCAAAGGAGCAGCUGAGUUUCCAAGCUGCCGAAGGGUUGAUGAGCGGCACGGACACAGGGACGAGGACGCCGCCUGGCGUCCUGCGCUCCCUCCGCGCCCUGUGGCAGUGGACGCGCGCGGAGCUGGAGAAACGAAAAGCACGGGGCCGCGUGGCCGCGCUGCAGGCCUUCUUGUCGACAGCAUCUGCGCGCAACAGUCAGGAGGGCGAUGCGGAAAGCCUGGUGGAAUUUUGGACGCGGCAGGUGAAUGAAGAAAGCGGGCGAAUUCUGGCGACAUCUUGCGACAUCUCGUAUUGCUUCCCUUGUCCUGAUGCGCAUCACUUUUCCAGGUUGGCAGUUCUAUGCCGGGAAGCCUUGCUAAGAGCGGGAGACGUGGCACAGGAUGAGCUGCUCCUGAAGCUGCGCAGUUCGCCUGAAGAGUGCCAGGAGAGCCUGGCGGAGAUCUUGAGCCAUGUGACGCGGCUCAGUACCAGCACGCAACGAGGUUCCAUGGCUGGCCGGAGAUACGCUGGAGCCGAAGGGUUCGGGUUCGGUGCCCCUGGGUAA